CAGCGCCAUGUCGCCGUGGCAGCGGACGGGGAGAACGAUGCGGAGCUGAGCGCUGCGGAGGAGGAGGAGGAGGAGAGGAAAAAAGAAGGAGGGAUUAAAUAAAAAGGACUUUGCCUCUCCCUGCGCUGGACUGUGUUCUGGGAUCGCGGCCGUGCGUCUGACUGGAGGGACGCUGCGGGGGGAACCUGUGGAGAGCGGCGCUGGUGUGUGUGUGUGUGUGUGAGAGUGUGUGUGCAGCUGGACUGGCAUGCAGGAGCAAGGCUCUGGAUGGGGAUUACAGGACCGGGUCUGCGUGUCGUGUGGAAGGGGAGAAGAGCGCGUCCAAACCGAUGGCGGUGAGCGUGUGUGAAGGCGAUGGCCAAUGAGAUCGCGGGAUCGGUCCUGAGGGAGGAGAGAGAUCGCCGUGUGCCGCGCCCGCUCCUGUCCACGCGCUCCAAAACAUUUACACCGCCGCGUCGCCGUGGGAACCGGCCUUCAGAUACCAGCCGCCCCCACAGAUACACAUUUGUUUAGCUCCACUUGAAAAAAAAAAACAAACAAACAAAAAAGGAUCUGUAAUUUUUGUUAACAGCACUAAAGACCGCGGAGAGUCCGUGAGGACCAAUCACCAGCUGAACGGGACUCAUGGGGGGGUAGAGUCAAGAUGAAGGACACGUCAGUGGCAGUUCGCAUUUUGGCGGGGCUCACGAUGGCCGCCUCCCUCACCUCGGGGGAGAAGGCCGAUUGCCCCCAGCGGUGCACGUGCGAGACCCGCCCCUGGUUCUCUCCCGGCUCCCAGUACAUGGAAGCCCAGACCGUCGACUGCAACGACCUGGGACUGUUCUCCCUCCCCGAGAGACUGCCAGCCGACACCCAGGUGCUACUGCUCCAGACCAACAACAUCGCCGGCGUCCAGAGGCCCCUGGAUCACCUGGCCAACAUCACGGAGAUAGACCUGUCCCAGAACAACCUUUCCUCCGUGGGAGACCUGGAUUUGGGACACCUCCCUCACCUGCUCUCCCUGCACAUGGAGGAGAACUGGCUGGGCAGCUUACCAAACAGCUGCCUGGCACAGCUCAACAGCCUCCAGGAGCUGUACAUCAACCACAACCAGCUCUCCUCCAUCGCCCCUGGGGGGUUCCUGGGACUGUGGAACCUCCUCAGGCUUCACUUGAACUCCAACAGGCUGCAGGCGAUCAACAGCCAGUGGUUCCAGGCCACCCCUAAGCUGGAAAUCCUGACGAUCGGAGAGAACCCAAUUGGCAGGAUCGAGGACAUGAACUUUAAGCCGCUCGCAAACCUCCGCAGCCUAAUGCUGGCCAGGAUGAACCUGUCAAAAUUACCCGACGGCGCUCUGGUCGGCCUGGAUCGCUUGGAGAGCAUCUCCUUUUACGACAACAGCUUCGCCAGAGUGCCCCACGCCGCCCUCAAAGAGGUCCAGAGCCUCAAGUUUUUGGACCUAAACAAGAACCCAAUUCAGAGAAUACAGAGGGGAGACUUUGCGGACAUGCUCCACCUGAAGGAGCUGGGAAUGAACAGCAUGCCGGAGCUGGUGUCCAUCGACAGGCUUGCCCUGAGCAACCUGCCCGAGCUGACCAAAAUCGAGGCGACCAACAACCCCAAGCUGUCCUACGUGCACCCCAACGCCUUCCGCGGCCUGCGCCGGCUGGAGACGCUGAUGCUGAGCGGCAACGCCCUGAGCGCCCUGCACCGGGGCACGGUGGAGGCGCUGCCCAAUCUGCGGGAGGUGAGCAUGCACAGCAACCCGCUGCGCUGCGACUGCGUCCUGCGCUGGAUGAGCGCCGGCGGGACGCGCCUGCGCUUCAUGGAGCCCGAGGCGCUGCUCUGCGCCGAGCCGCCGGAGUACCGGGGCCAGCCGGUGCGCCGGGUGCACUUCCGCGAGAUGGCGGAGAUCUGCCUGCCGCUGGUCUCGCCCCGGAGCCUCCCGUCCCACGUCGGCGCCCAGAACGGCGGCUCCGUCGCGCUGCACUGCCGCGCCUUCGCCGAGCCCGAGCCCGAGAUCUACUGGGUCACGCCCGCGGGGGACCGGGUCCUGCCCAACGCGGUGCGGGACCACUACCACCUGCACCCGGAAGGGACCCUGCACAUAGAGGGCAUGACGGAGUGGGAGGCCGGCGUCUACACCUGCGUGGCGCACAACCUGGUGGGCGCCGACCUCCGGUCCGUGUCUGUGGAGGUGAACGGGUAUUUCCCACCGUCGCCCAACGGCACCCUGAGCGUGGAGAUCGUGGCCGUGCGACACAACUCCGUCCUGGUGUCCUGGCAGGCCUCCCAAAGCGGCCUGGCCCCCAGGAUAAAAUGGUCGACCGUCCCGUCCGAGAGCAACCGGCCCGCGGCGGCGUUCACGGCCAGGGUGCCCUCCGACGUGAAGGCGUACAACCUGACGCACCUGGACCCCUCCACGCGGUACGAGGUGUGCGUGGACGUACGCGGCGUCCACCGCCAGCACAGCGUCCAGUGCGUCAACGUCACCACCGCGGCGCUGCAGCGCCCCCCGGAGGGCCAGGAGAGGUGGGAGGACGCCGCGGUGAUCGCCGUCUUCGCCGUGCUCCUGGGGGCCGUUUCCGUGGCCUGCUCGCUCGUGUACUCCACCCUGAGGAACCAGCACGUUUCCGGAGAUUUGGCGAAAGCGCCCUCCGAGUGCUCUCUGGGACAGGGGACGGGACAGAACUGCUCUCUCACACGGCUCUGGGUCCAAGGCAAAGACCUGCCCGUCGCCGUGGAGGUCAAAGCCACGGUCAUCCAUGUGCCAAACAAUCAGUCCUUAUAAAAAUUGUAACAAAACAAAAAAAAAAAAAAAAAAAUUAAAAGAGAAA